AUGAUAAUUUAAAGGUUAGAAAUGAGUUUUAUAAGAACUGAAGUUUAAAAAGAAGUUUAGAGUAAGUAAAAGCUUGAUGAAUUUCUAAACCAAGUUGAGUAGAAAAGAAUAGCAAAACAAGAGUCAUAAAAACUUGUUAUUGAUGAACCUGACAGUGAGAAUAAGCAAUAAUUCAAAAUAUACAAUGACAAACCCAUUUAUCUGAGUUUCAAGACAGUAUUCAAAAAUUAUGAGUUCUUGAACAAAUAUCUUCUAUACAAGCUUCUUGUCAAACCCUUGGAAUAGAAUAAACCAGAUACAGUCAAGGAAACUAUGACUAGAGAAGAACUGUAUAUAAUACAUGAUAUAUAUCAUGAUUACGACUUAUAGUUAGUUAGAGCUUCUAUCCUUGCAGGAAUGUUUUAUCCUACUAUGUUGUAUACUCUUGGAAAAUUUGUGUUUAAAUCUCACACCCCUUUACCUUUAAAGUUUUUGAUUGCAGCUCCAGCGCUCUAUUACCUCAGAUAUGAUAAGAUUAAAGAAUAUGUUUUGAUUCCAAGAAUCAACUAUUACUACAGAUUAUUUCAAGUAGGGGAUCAAUACAAAUUAGGUAAUGACACUCUAGAGAUUAUAAAAUUUGUAUAAGAUGAAAGCAAAGAUUUAAACAAGCUUAGCAAGGAAAAUUAAUUCCUAUACAAAACUUCGUGGAAAUUUUUGAUUUCAUACUACAAGGAUCAGAUUUAUAACUACGAAGGCGUAUAAGAGAAGGAAAACGAUUUACUUAAUGCACUAUUUACUAUGAUAUCAAUUAAAAACAAUAAUUAGCAUCUUAUGAGUUAAACAGAUAGGAUUAAGCUAUAUAAGAGUUUAGCAGAUAAUGAUUUAAAGGAUUAGGACAAAGAGCAGUAUUAUAAAACCUAAGCUCAAAUUGAGGUGAUUUAAGCAAUUUAGGAUAAUUAAACUAAUAAGGUAGUGUAUGAAGAUAUAUACAAAUUUUUGCUUGAUUAGAAGACAAAAAAUAAUAAAAUUGUGUGA